GACUAGUUCUCACAAAAAUUAACAUGCAAAUUGCGAAAUUUCAAGCAUAAUAAAGAAAGACGUAUGUGAACUGACCUUUAUGUAUUUGCAUUUAAACAGCUGAUACAUUGCUGUGCCCUCAACAUUACACGUAAAAAGCAAUUAAGAAAAGGUUCUGUGCAAACUAAAGUGAAUAAGAUGAGUGAAAUUGUAAACAAAUACUGCUCAAACAUUAUCAUAACCUAUGGUUUACACAGUAAACUUCGUUAUCAUUCAUCUAUAAGAGAAAAUAAAAUUGGAUAUAUAACGCCAGUUGGAAGAUGCAGUGAAUUACCAUAUAUACAGAUAUAAAAUUAUAAACAAUAAAGAAAGUAUUGGAUAUUGCAAACAAGCAAGCUUUUGCACCUUCGCAGUUCAAGGUCAUAAUCCGGUUAUUAAGAACGGGAUAUUGCGUUGCAAAAGUGCAAAAUUAAUCAGCAGUGCUGCCAUACUCAAAAACACUGAGUUAAAUAAAUUGCAACAUUCACAACGUAGAGUUUGCACUAAUUAACUGAAUAUGGCAAUAUUGUAGAACUUUUAAUUACUACGGAAUUUGUAUUGAAAUUUUGCGUGCUGUCCGACUUAUUUUAUAAAAUAUGAAGAGGAAAUUACAACAAAAAAGAAUUAAAAGAUGGACACAAAGCGAAAUAAGUAAAAUUAUUGACUAUAUGGCAGAACAUGGAAAUUUGGAGAAACCAACAGCACGAAUAUACUAUGAGACAUUCCUAGAAAUUUCGCCGAUCGAUGCAACUUGGGAUUUAAUAAAAUGGAAGGUGCGUUAUUUGAAAACACUCUACGCAAAGGCGAAUCAAUGGUUAAGUUCUCCCGAAGCUAAAUUGCUAAGCGAGGAACAGGUUGUUGAGCGUUUACAGAAAAUAUGUCCCAACUAUGAGCGUUUACGAAAGAUAUUUGGCGUGAAGCAAGCGCAAGUUGUGGAGAUUCUCGACUCGAACGACUCAUUUCCCGAUUGUUAUAUUGAUGAAUUUGAGGAAAAUAGUGACAUGGCGGUGGAUGUAAAGGUAUUCGCUGAUUACGAUGGAUUUGAAAACCUUCCAGCAGAUGAAACUGAAAGCAUGAUUUUUGAAAAUAAAUUAAGCGCAGAAGUGGAAAUUACUCAAAUGUCAACCAAUUCUACACCAGCACUAAGCGAUGUAUUACAUGAACAGUUAAUUGCAGACGAAACGCCAGCUGCAGAAACUUCGCCCGACACCAAAGAUGCGAGCAACGAACAAACGAUUGCAAAGCGGGUAAAAAAAGAAUCACUGCGACAUUCACUCUCGGCCUUAAGUCAAAGUCAGGAAAGCCGCAAUGAAAUGCAACGGCUACGAUUGAAAUUUGAGGAAUAUAAAUUCGUGCAGGAAUUUCAAUUUGUUAAACAGAAAUUCGAAGCCGAAAUGGAGUUGAAAAAGCAAGAACUCGAAUUAAGAAAAAUAGAAAUAGAGAGUAAUGAAAAGCUAAAACUCAUGGAGAUUGAGAAAAGCGAACGAAUCGCUAAAUAUGAAUUGAAUUUGAAAUAUAAUGGACACAAUGAUAGUCUGCGCUCAGACUAGUGGUGAUGAACAUUUUUUGAGAUGAAAUUUUUUUAUUCCUGUCUAAUUUCUGUUACUUUGAAAGGUUGUUAAUUUUUUUUUUGUUCUUAGAGUUACACAAAGUACGCAAACCCCAAAAAAUGGUAAAUCUAAAAUAUAUAUAUUUUUUUAAUUCCUAAUUAUGUACAUAUAUGCUUGUGAUAACAAUUUUUUCGAUCCGGUAUUUGGAUUUAAAAAUUAUUUUUAAUUAAGACUUUCGGAAUUACAAACAAAAUUUAAUUAAAUACUUUAGCCAAAAACAAAAUAAAUAUUUUCUAUUGCAAAAGUGUCAAGUAUCUUUGAGAAUUAUUUUAAAUCGGUGUUAUUGUGUAGAGUGGAUAGAUGUCCGAACGAAUGCAUUUAAGCAGUACGUGUAUUUUUUUGUAGUUAUAAGUAUUAAUGAAGAAGAAUGUAGAAACCAAAGCAAGUUAGCGCCAGGUCAGUCAUCAAAGAUUUUGCAUUUUUUUAUAAAAAUAUAAUAAACGAUUAUUUAAUAAUUUAAAAACCAUAAGUCUUAUUCGUGGCAUUGUUUAUCAGAAAAACUUCUUAAGAAAUGUUUAAAUUUUUCUGUGGUUUAUUACAAUAUUUUUGCAUUAUUACUAUUAGUUUAUGAAUAUACAUACAUACAUACAUAUAUAUAUAUUUGUACCAAUUUAUGAAUACAAUUUUUCACAAUACACGUAAAACUCUAUAACUAAAUAA